GUCCUAACUCGCAAAGUAAUCGGGAUUUGGGAUCCUUUCCCCCCGUCUCUGCUUCCAAGCUGACUAGCUGAGGGCAAAUUCGAUCCGCUUCACGAUCUCUACCUCUUCCCCACUAGCUUAUCGAAAUCGCUCAGGGAGACAUGGCGAUGGCCUCACUAGCUGCAGCUCGUCGAGUAGUUUCCCUCGGCCGAGUUUCAUCCCCCACUACAUCCUUUCAGGCUGCCUCUCUCGUCCCCCGCCGCGGCCUCGCCGGCGCUGCAGAUCACCAUGGGCCACCUAAGGUUAACUGUUGGAGUCAACCCACGAAUCCAGCUCAGUGGAAGGAAGAGCACUUUGUAAUUGUGUCUCUGACUGGUUGGGCUCUCCUCAUCGGUGGGAGCUACAAGUUUUUUACCAAAGGCAAGAAGGAAGAGGUAACUUUACUCUUGCCUUCAAUGUGAGAGUUGCUUUAUUCUUUUGCAAUGUGGGUGUUGACGUCGACCUAAAAGCAACAUUCUUUUCUAUCUGAUGUAAUUUUAGUGUUUUGGGUCAAAGCUUAAAAACUUAAUUGGUCUCUUACUUUUGGAUUUGAGAUCAUGAUUAAUCGGUUAUCUUCUGCUGUUUUAAUGAUAGCUUUAGAUUUUCACUACAGUAAGCAUG